AUGUCACCAAGCGGGUCCCUGGAAGGAGAUAGAAAUCAUACCUCUGUGGCCAUGUUUGUUCUCCUGGGACUCUCAGAUGAAAAAGAGCUGCAGUUUAUCCUCUUUCCAAUCUUCCUAGGGAUCUACCUUGUGACUCUAAUCUGGAACCUGGGUCUCAUCACCCUAAUCAGGAUGGACUCCCACCUGCACACACCUAUGUACUUUUUUCUCAGUUUCUUGUCAUUUAUAGACAUCUGCUAUUCUUCUUCCACCAGCCCAAGGAUGCUUUCAGACUUCUUAAAGGAUGAAAAAGUGAUUUCCUUCAUUGCCUGUGCCACCCAGUAUUUUGUUGGGUGCUGGAUGGCUCAGGCUGAGUGCUGCCUCUUGGCCGCCAUGGCCUAUGACAGAUAUGUUGCUAUUGGUAGGCCUCUGCAGUACUCAGCCGUCAUGGCUCCUGGCCUCUGUCAGAAAAUGGUUGCUGGUGCCUACGCAAGUGGUUUCCUUAGCAGCUUAGUUCAAACAGUCCCUUGCUUUCAUCUCUACUACUGUGGGCCCAAUAUCAUUCCAAAUUUCUACUGUGACAUAACCCAGAUUAUUUCCCUGUCUUGCUCCAAUCCUUUCAUCAGCCAAAUGAUUCUUUUUCUAGUAGCUGUUUUUGUUGGGUUUGGUUCUUUGCUUGUUAUCCUCUUAUCCUAUGGUUUCAUUGCAGCUUCCAUCCUGAAACUAUCCUCCAUCAAAGGUAGUGCCAAGGCCUUCAAUACCUGUGCCUCCCACCUCGCAGUUGUGACAAUCUUCUACGGCACAGGCUUAUUUAUGUACCUGCAUCUUGGCUCAAGCCACUCCAAGAAACAAAACAAGGUGCUGUCAGUGUUUUAUGUUAUCCUAAUCCCAAUGUUAAACCCUCUUAUCUAUAGUCUGAGGAACAAGGAGGUGAAAGAGGCCCUCAAGAGGUUGGUAAAGAGGGCAACACAUUUACUUUAG